AUGGAGGCAGACACUCUGCCCCCUUUGGCGCUGGGUCUCCUGCUGUUGCCUUUGGCCACACUGCUGGUGGCACUGUGUGUGCGCUGCCGUGAGCUUCCAACCUCCUAUGACAGUGCUUCUGCAGAGAGUUCAUAUCCCAGGAGCAUCCUCUUCAAGCCACCUCAAAUGCCGCCUGCUACCUCCUACUUGCCUGUUACCUCCUUCCUGCCUCUGAGCCAGCCAGACCUGCUCCCCAUCCCGAGAUCUCCUCAGCCCCCCAGGGGUUCCCAUCGUAUGCCAUCUUCCCGGCAGGAUUCAGACAGUGCAAACAGUGUGGCAAGCUACGAGAACCAAGAGCCGGCCUGUAAGAACAUGGAUGAGGAGGAAGAUGAGGAUGACUAUUCCAAUGAGGGCUACCUAGAGGUGCUUCCUGACAGCACCCCAGCCACCAGCCCUGCUGUCCCGUCUGGCCCUGUGUCCAGCAGCCCAGGCUUCCGAGGCAGCGCCUUCUCCAUGGAGUCAGGCGAAGAUUACGUGAAUGUCCCUGAGAGUGAGGAGAGCGCAGAGGCAUCUUUGGACGGGAGUCGGGAGUAUGUGAAUGUGUCUCAGGAACUGCCAGCGCCUAGGGCUGAGCCAGGCACCUUGAGCUCCCAGGAGGUAGAAGAGGAGGGAGAGGGAGCUCCUGAUUAUGAGAACCUGCAGGAGCUUAACUGA